AUCAUUGAACGUGCCCAAGGAAACAUUUGACGGAGCCAACAGAACUGCAGCCAUCCAAACAAAUCGAAAAUAGUUUUAGAUAAUUCUUAGUUUUGGAACAAAAUGAAAGCCAUUUGCAGUCUGUACAACAUUGUCAGUGCCAUUUUGCUGCUCGUUUUGCUGGCACAAUUCAGCACAGCAGGACCUUUAAAAGAAAAAGAGCUAAACCAUGACAAGAAUCGGCGUGGUGCCAACAUGGGACUCUAUGCAUUUCCCCGCGUCGGUCGCAGCGAUCCCAGCCUGGCCAACAGUCUGCGCGAUGCCAGUGAUGCCGCGGUCUUCGACGGCAUUUACGGUGAUGCCUCCCAGGAGGACUACACUGAGGCGGACUAUCAGAAGCGGGCUGGUCUAGUGGCCUUUCCGCGCGUGGGCCGCAGCGACGCCGAGCUGCGCAAGUGGGCCCAUCUCUUGGCUCUGCAGCAGGUGCUGGACAAGCGCACUGGGCCCAGUGCCUCCUCGGGCCUGUGGUUUGGACCUCGGCUGGGCAAGCGAAGUGUCGAUGCCAAGGCAUUCAACGAUGCCGGCAAGGGGCAGCAGGAAUUCAACUAGACACUGGCCGCGGCAGGACAUGGGAACACCACGGAGCGUAUACACAUUUUGGCAUCAUAAUUAUCAUAAUUAAUUCUAAUCGAAUUCAGCUUCUAAUUUAACAUCUAUAACGGGUAUAGAGCAAAUAUGUCUUUGGGUUAGAUACACGUCCUACAAAAUAUUGUAUAAACAAAUAAACGAGAG